UAUUUUGGAAGCACCCAUAAAAUCGCUGUAAUCGUUGAAAAGAACACUUUAGUGUACACUGCUUGCACUAGCGCCGCCAGUGCAGAGGAAUAGACCUCUGUCCGUAUGUUUCAAAGUGCUAUUAAUCUAAACCUAGGACGUUUGGUUUCAGAAUUCCUUAACCACACCAAUCAAUUCCUUUAAAUUCCAACAAUCCAAAAUAUAUAUUAACUGCUUAAAAUGGUAAAAGAGCCAUAGGAUAAGGUCUGAAGCCAUAGAGAGAGAGAGAAAAACAGAGUUAACCAAAUCUAACCUAAUCUAGAUUCGAUGACAGGUUCGUGAAACAUUAUGUAUUGUCUCACAGAAAACAAAUGGAUACGGAGAUAAAGUUGUGUAAAUCUUUACCACCGUUGGUCGAAGGUAAAGUUCACGGAAGUCUGAAGCUCCUUAUCGACGAAGUGCUUUGGGUAAAAAAAAGUCCUGGAGCUGUCACGGUGGUUGCUUCCUGGUGGGGCGAGCACGACAGUGCACAAUUCAGACCUACAGAUAGUACCAUAGAUGUAGCAAGAACAAACAAGGAUACAACUGAGAUAUAUGCUAUAAAGACUAAUGCAACACUCUUUGAGGAUUAUAUUAAGAAUUGUGAGACAGUAGAGUUAGUGGUUAUUGUAGAAGAAACUCAUAAAGUUAUUGGAAUAGCACAUAUAGGAGAAUUAUUUAAAAUAUUUACUUCUAAGUUAUAUUCUCAGUAUAUUCCAAUAUUAAGUAACAGUGGCAAUAAAGUAGGGGAUGUACAUGUUUCUUUACAAUUAACAUAUUUGGCAAAGUUUCCAAAUAUGCAAUUAAAAAUGCAUAAGUCUGACAAGAAUCAAGUAAAUAGCCAUGAUUUAUUACGCACUAUUGAUAAUUUACAAUAUAUCAGAGAAAUACCACUGUCAUUUAACAAGGAUAUAGACACUAUUAAGAAGAAUUCUAUAAAACCUGUAAAGAUGGAUACAUUUGAUACAUAUAAACCUAUACUAAAGGACAAGAGACCAGAGUUUCAAGAAACUAGGAAGAAAUACAAUGAAAUGGUAACGGACAAGUUAGUUGCCCAGAUUGUUGCAAGAGCACAGCGACUUAGAGGAGCAAUAUUAAAAGAGACAUACAAUGAAGAUCCUUUGGCUUUGAGUGACACUUCAGUGAACAAUGAAUCAUAUUCAUAUGUUUCGGCAAAAAAUGAAGCUAAACUUUAUGAGUAUAUUUUGGGGAACGAAAUGACUUCUAUGGAGGAAAAGAAGGCUUUAGAUACAUUGAGAUCAACAUCUCCAACGCCAAGCUUAAUAAAUUUAGCAUCAAAAACAAUUACAACUUGUGAAUGUGAUAAUUUGAGUACUAGACUAAUUGAAAAUUCUCCUGUGAAGUCAAAUAUUCCCAUGGGAGAUGCAUUGUAUAAGGAGACAAAUUAUACUGAGUCAAAAGGAACACAUCCUCUAGAUCAUGUAGAUAGUAUAAGGAUUUUUAUUGAAUCCUUUACUCUGAGUCCUGCAGGUUACAGGCGUGCAAAAUCUACAUGUUUGCAAUAUGGUACACCGUUAUCACUAACAUAUUUUGUCCAAUAUGAUACAACAUUUGGAUAUACAAGACAAAUGAACACAAAAUCUAACAAAGAAGUUAAAUUCACAAGAAUAUAUGCUAAGAAACAAGUGGGUCAAGUGAUUAACUUCAACUAUGAGGGUAUCCAUGGUAUAUCAAGAUAUAUUAUAAAGAGAAAUUUUCUUUUAAAAUUUAAAAUAUUUGUCCGGCAAUGUAAUAAAAAGUCACCAACCGAAUUAGGAUAUGGUUCCAUGAAUAUUAAUGAUAUUGUGCAUACUACAAACUUAAGCAGUACUCAGCGUUUAACUAUUACCAAUAAAGGUCUUAAAAUAGGCGAAUUAGAAGUAACAGCAGAAUUAGGCUGUGAUCAUAUCCAUUUUGGGAAAGAAUUUAUGGAUAUUGUAAUAUCUGCAAAAGAGAAUAUUCCUGUGCUGGAAGUAAACCACUUAACAAGCACGAACAUAAAUAAUAAAUAUAGAAGUGUGACAGGGACACAUUCUUCUAAGUCUAGUAGUAGAGUCUCGCCUGUCUCUACCAAGAGGAUUGAGUGUUUAACUAGUGAUAACAACAAGGAUCUAAUUACUGCAAAAGAUAUAGCGGAACGUAGAGAACGAAGCUUAGAUAACAAGAAAGUUGACACAAGUAAUCCAGAAACUAUUGCUAAAGAUAAGGUUUUACUUCACGGCUUAAUAUAUGUUGCUGAGGGUAAAGAUCUGCCGGAAUCUAAUACUUACUUAAUAUGCCGAGCAUUUUGGCGAGAAGAUAAAGCGACAAGUCAAAUCUGCAGUAAUACAAAAAACCCGUUUUAUCAUUUUUGUCAACUAGUACCUUUAAUUCACGGCACAGAGCUAUUGGAAAGAAUCAGAGACAAUUACAUAAUUAUAGAAGUAUAUAGUCGACAAAAUAACAAUGGCACGGAUAAUUUGUUGGGAAUAGCGAAAUUGCCUGUGCAUCAAUUAUAUAUCGCAUAUAGAGAUCCGCUUGUUUUACCUCAUUUGUUAUUGUCGAAAUAUCCUGUUAUAAGUGUGGACGGUUGGGUUAAUAUUAACGACCUAGUGAGUGGAAAAUCUUGUGGUGAAUUACUUGCACUAGUCGCACUGGGUACUGCAGAACAAAUUGCAUUAUUAGAAGUAUCAAGAGGGCUAAGAAAUACUAGUAUUAUAACGCAACAGACAUCUGGUAGUUAUCAGUGUCCUAUUUCUGAUGACACCAACUGUGCAAUGAGUGGUCGAGAGAAUUCACGGUAUAACAUUGAGCUGCCAAACAGCCCAGGACAAUCUGCUCAUGAUAAUAAUUAUACUUAUCAUACUUACAGUACGCUUGAUCAAAAUAUGAUUACUCUCAAUUGUAAGAAUCAAGAGAUACAAACGGAUAUUUCAGUUUUUAAAGAUGGAAGAAUAUCAGAAUCUCUGUCUCAAGAAGAAAUAGUUUUAUAUAAAUCAGCCAAUAGUUCAGCAAAUGCAUGCGCAUUACAUACUAACAAAAUAAGUACAGAUCAAUCAGCUCAAACAGAAAUAGAUCAAACAGAGGAGGAAGAGAAAGACGAGGAAAAAAUAGAUAAAGAAGAAUUAUGUUUAAAUAGACAAAAUAGCAAUAUUUUAUCUGAUGACAAUGAUAGUUGCAGUCCGAGAAAUAAUUUUCAAUUGCCUAUCGAAAUGUAUAGGAGUGUUGGCGUUGGAGCAGAAUAUGACGAAGAAUCAGACCAACAACAAACUAAUGUUUAUAAUAAUCACUUAAGUUCAUCCGUAACUGAAGAAAAGAGAGAAAAAGAUGAAUCAAAUACUAGCAACAGUACUUUCUUUCGAGCUGUCGUAGAAAUCGAGUGCGCUCUACAUUUGCCAAAAAUUGAAAGACUAAAUAAAUCAGUGGAACCAAGUACAUAUGUUACCUUCCAAAAUUUAACUCUUAAAUCUGGUAAUCAAUUGAAUUCAUAUAUGAUUACAAAUAUUUAUCCACACAAUUGCAAUCCAAAAUGGAACUGGAGAAGUGAUGCAAAGUUACCAACAGAAUUACUUUUAAAUAAUGAAAAGAGAUUGAUUCUUAAAGUAUGGCAUUUAGUUGAUUCAGAUGUGACGGUAAUAAAUUUAGAAAAAGACACAGUGAUUGGUUUCGCUGCUGUUGAUCUUUCGGUUCUAAUGGCUGGAUUUCCUACAAUAUCUGGAUGGUUCCAUAUCAUAGAUUUUAAUGGGAAAUGCAACGGACAAAUUAAAAUAAAUAUAACACCUUUGGAUAGUUUACCAUCAUUUGGGAAAUUCGCGUUAAUUAGCUCUACUAAUUUAUCAGAAUGUACUAACAAAGAUUUACCACACACAAACUGGUCGUAUCCAUUCAAUACACUUUAUAGCAAUGCAGAAGAGAGUAAUGUACAACAAACAUUAUCAUAUACAAAUCAAACUCAAUGCGUACAAGAUACUAAUAAACGAGAUGAGUCCACUUGUGCAGCGAAUACUGAUCAUAGUCUAGAAAAUGUUUCUAUGUCUAUUCUGUCGCUAUCUUUGAAGCAAAAAUUGAAUGAACUGAACGAGAUCACGGAACGUUUGCAGUCACGCUUACGUGACGUCACGAAUACGGCUUUCGAAGAUGACUUUGACAGUGAUUUCGAAAUCAACGAGUCAAGUAGUGAAAAUGAAUAUACUGAUAAAAGGAAUGCCGAAACUUCAGGACCUAAGACAAUCGCUUCACAUCUUCUUGAAACAUCACAAAUUUCUAAGCAAUGCAAAACUCAGAGCGAUCAAUCCGGUGUGAUUAACAAGGAACAAACUUCUUUCCUUAUAGCAAACAAUGAUAAUCUGCGUCUCGAGUCUAUAUCUAAUCAAAGUACGACUAUAAAUCUUGAAGCGACUGAUACUGGAUAUUCUUCAAGUUCCAAUACGCAUCCCAGUCAAUACUCUAAGCAUUAUCAGCAUCAAAAUCCAUACGAUUUGACACAUAAUUAUCUAUCGGAUAGCAGUGCAGAAUAUCCAGCACGAGGUACCAAAACGCAUAUAAGUCAUUUGCUCGAUAAACUUUCUUUGGACCUUCCACCUAAGCCCCCUGCAGGAGUGGAUAUGCCGAUGAAGAGAGAUAUCAUAAAUCUAUUCACGAAGUUACGAGAACAUAGGAACAAUUUGCAAGAUAAAAAAGAGAACAAUCGUAGCGUUAACACUUGUUCAGUGCCCACUCAGACCGAUAAUAUAAGCGCACAGCAUGCUUAUACUGAUGCAACAAGUCAAGCAUCUCUUAAUAUAAGUAACGUAUAUGUUGGUGAAAGCGUUUCCAAACCAAUCGAAGAAUCGCAAUCUCGUAGCAAAAUAUCGACUGUAAUACGGGAAGAAUUGAUCGCGGAAGAAAAUGACGAUGCAGAGUGGGAUGAAUUGACGACAUAUCUAAUAAGUACCAAUAUACGUUAUAGAAACUUAGACGGUAUGGUUAAUCCACUUUUUUAUCAGCACUUAGUAGUACCGGACUUACAAGCUACGUCCGCCAUAUCGCCUGAGGAAGAAGCUAUAGAGCAACUUGAUAAUCGAUACGCGAAAAGUUUCAGCAUGGCAAUGAACCGCGGUACAAAUUCAACGGAGAACAAUGCUGUGUUUCCAGUCGACACACAAAUAAAAAGUCGAACAACUUUGUCGGAAUCUGAAGAGAAUGCAGAUUUUCUCUGUGAAAUACCUUCGGGUGUGCCUGGAAAUGUCAGUAAUAUCGACGUAACUGUUAUGCACAAAUCUAGCGACAAUGAUUUAACGUCGGGUAAUAGUGCGGAAUCGAUUACCACUGCUUCAUUCGACAAAUCAUCGAUACAGCAAGUUGAUGUAGAGACCGAGAAUUAUUGUUUCGCUAUAUCCAAAUCGUCUGUUCCUGAAGUAUCGAGGCAAGCGCCUGAUGGUGGCAAUCCUGUAGAAGAAGUUAAAACAGUAGCGACGAAGCGACAAGAUGACGAGGAUGUAAAAAUAAUCAGCGAUCAGCUAAAAUUCUCAGACACUUAAGACACUCGUAAUCCAGGAUAUAUAAAUAAUUCUUUCUUAAGUACAUUUUUCCACAAUAUGAUAUAGUUGUAAGUUUUUCGUAUAAUAUAUAUAAUUGUUAUAGAAAAUUUACAGAUAUUAAUAUUUAGGUUUCUGAUCUUUGAUUGUACUUGAUAGUAGUAUUGAAUUAUAGCAUUGAAAGUGAGAAAUUAUAUGUGUGUAUGUGUGUAUGCGCGCGCGUAUGCAAAAGUAUCAGGAACCUUAAUGUUAAUGAAUAUUUUAAAUAGUUUUUUAUGGAAUCAUUCUGACAUUUCGAGCUGCAACACGUAUUAGUAUUUUCCUCUUUUUAUUUUUUUUUUAGGAACCUUAAUAUAUAUAUAUAUAUAUAUAUAUAUAUAUAUAUAUAU